GGUGUGUGCGCGCGUAUAUCUCUCUCUCUCUCGCACUCUCCGUCUUGUUCUUUCGCGGGUCGAGAAUGACGGGCCGCACCGCUCGUCCCCGCUGGCGGCGGUGCGUCGUUUUCGUCAUCAUCAACGUCUGCCGCGUCGACGACGCGGAGUGAACCCGUCGCGAGAGCGUCCCUCCUCGUGCCACCACCUCGUUCGGGAUUCAGGCCAGAGCCUGCCUGGGAAGCGCAAAAGAUGGAUGCGACGAUAGAGCGGGAGUGCAGCGCGUUGGGCGGCUUGUUUCAGCAGAUCGUCACUGACAUGAAGAAUGGAACACCACUUUGGGAAGAUUUGAUUUCGAAAGCUACAAAGUUACACGCGAGUUUGAGAGCUGCCAUCCUGGCUAUUUCCGUAUAUCUUGAGGCUUUUCAGAAAAUAGCGGAUGCUGCGACUAACGCUAGAGGUGCAACUAAGGAAAUCGGGACGGCACUGACACGAAUAUGUUUGAGACAUAAAGCGGUAGAAACUCGUAUGAAGUCAUUUACCAGCGCCAUUAUGGACUGUUUGGUGCUGCCUUUACAAGAGAAAUUGGAAGAUUGGAAGAAGUCUUUGAUCAAUUUAGACAAAGAACAUGCCAAAGAAUUCAAAAAGGCAAGGGCGGAGCUGAAGAAACGCUCCACCGAUACGCUACGUCUGCAGAAGAAGAAAGCACGAAAGGUACAAGUUCACUUACACGUACAAGGACAGUCUCAGAGCCACGGGACGUGUUCCGAUGUCGAGCUCAAUAGGAUGCUAGAGUCAUCGGCGGCGGUUGUCCAGGAGAAAAGACUGAGUUUAGAGGAAACGGAACGUAAAGCCGUCCGUGCGGCCCUUCUCGAGGAGAGGGGCAGAUUUUGUCUCCUCGCCCGAUUCCUGAAACCCGUGCUCGACGAGGAGAUAGCGAUGUUGGUGGAAUUGACGCAUCUGCAAGAGGUCUCCGAUCAAUUGCAAAAGCACGCCGCGUCGCCGCAUCACUUACCGCCUGCAUCCGAGCAGGUAAUAACGGACAUAAAAGGUUGCGACGUUACUCAGUGGUCAUUGGCUACGCCGCCGUCGAGCCCGUCGUUGUCUCUCGGAUCGAGGAAGAGUUCUAUGUGUUCGAUCAGUUCUCUAACUAGUAGCAGUAGUGGAUCUUGUAAAAGCCAUCCGAGCCCGUCCGGACACCCGUGGCACAGAUCGCUUUCUCAGCAAGUUGGUGUCAGGCCCGCCAGCAUCAGCGGCAUCGCGUCGCUGCGCCACUUGACCGGUGGCAGUUCCCGCGACUCCGGUUUCACGUCACAGGACACGUUGUACAACCAACCGAUUUCCGAGCAUCAGGUGUCGAAUGUGUCUUCUCUAAGUAAUCAAAGUACCGGUUGCACUGUAACGCGACCCGUGACAACUUCUACUUGGCCUGAUUUACAGGAAACGUCCGUUCAGUACGACCGGCAAAACCCGGGUGCGGUGAACGAACGGCCACAUACCAUUUCCUCCGCGUACGAAAAGGGGCAUCAGAGACCGGCGCUCAGCGUCUACACAUUCCAAGCUCCGGACCGCGACGGUAGCGGCGGUUGCUGCCACAGUCAGCCUGCCUCUCCGGUUUCCUCUUCCUCCUCAUGUUCUUCCUCGAAUCAACAGCUGUCCAGGGUGCAGCUCCGUAGAAAUAACAGCGGCAGUCGUCCACCUAUACCGAAUAGGUGUUCUAGUUUGGAACGGCCGACGAUUCCGUUGAAAAACGAGCCGCCUGGGAGUCCUCGAAGCAAGCCGAAGUUACCGCUUCCGGCUCAUUUGGCGAAAGAAUUGGCGAGCCAUCAGCUUCAGCAGCCAAUGUACGUAAACAUGCACGAGUUGGCGAAUCUAGCUGCCAGUCGUGCUCAAGAGAUGCAACUUCCGCUGCCUCCCCCUCCGGCUCCGUUAGCAGCACCAGGAACCGACAAGACCACCGACGUCCCGGAGAAAGACGCCGGCAGUCAGACGUCCGAGUCCAGUUUGGAGUCCAGCAGCGGAUACGGAAGCCAAAACACUUUGCCGCAUUCUCAUUCGCUUCAAAAUCAAAACGAGAACACGUGGAACGUGCCUGGCGCCGCGGCCACGUUGAUGACGCGCAGAGGGUCGGCGCAGCAGGUGAGCAGACCGCCGCCGCCGACGAGACGUACGUCCACCGUCAUCGCCGCACCCCCGACUUCGUCCGUUAAUGAAGAUCGGAGCGAGAACGUUUGCGAGGAGACCGAGAACCUUCCUCCGCCGCCUCCGUUCCUUCUCGAGAGCUCCUCGCCCAACGUCAGCCCUCUGCCGCAGAGAUCCGUCUCGGUUUCCGAAACGGUGAGGACUCUGACCGAGCUCCGCCACACGCCAGCCAGUCCGUCGCUCUUACGAAAGGCUACCGGACAGCAGCAGAAUCCUUCGGGCAUUAUUCCACAUAACACCGUGCUACAGAUAACUCGUUCAUCGGUCGAACGUUCCUGCUCGGCUGCCCGUUCGGCGUCCCAGGAACGCGGAUCUGUCGCGCAAACGGCCAACGUAGCCGGUGGUUCUACCGCCAGCCAAGCUACUGGUCAGGCUACGGGCCAAGGGCAGGGACCGGGCGGCGUGGGCCAGGGUUUCAUGGCAGUGCUCAAUGCUAAACUCAUCGGUACCAUAAGCAGCAGUGCCGCAGCGGGCGGGAACGCGAGCGGCAGCCCGAAGUCUCUCAGGAAGCAAUCGCUCUCGGAGCAGCAACAGCAGCAGCAGCAGUCCAGCAAGAACGUGAAAACGGCAGCUUCCGGCUUUCUCGAGACGCUGAAUGCUAAACUGGCGCAGCAACAACAGGCCCUGCAGCAGGCGGGGAACAACGCCACGAGCAGAUCCGCGAGUAUCAGGCGCAUCAUGGGUAAUCGCGUGCCGAUCAUGGACCCCCUGCAGAUGAGAGACUCCCUCAUGGAUCAGAUCAGACGCGGUACUCCGCUGAGGAAGACCAGCGGCCCGAUCAACGAUCGUUCAGCGCCCAAGAUCUACUGAGUAAUCCAGCAGCGACCUUCGCGUAAGUCCGUAAUAACAACGUCGCGCGUUGCUUCACGAGCAACGUGCGGUGCUCAUUCUAAUAACGUAAUUGACGCGCGAGAUACGAUGAGAGCCAGUCGGAUAGAAACCAAGCAUCUUCCGAUUCUUCGUCUACAUACCUUCGCGCAUCAGUUUCGAAUUACGAAUUGCGUAAGCGUACCGAGGCCGCCGAGUUGCGUUUUAUUGCGUCGCUGUAAUUUAGCCCGUCCCCACUGAGAAAUCUCCCCUGACAACACGCAAGCUCCAUAUUAAAUCGAUAUAUGAUUUAUUGUACAAUAACAAGGGCGCGUUAUUAUCGAAGGCAAACGCGCAAUUAAGUAAGAAUUGAUCCGGGGGGUAAUUUUGCGUAGGUUUAAACGGCGUUAUAUAUAGCGAUUAUAUUGUAGUGUAAUAAUCCAAAAAAAAAAGAAUGCAGCAUGUAGGAAGAUUUUUAUAAUGCGUAUUAGUGUUUAAUAAAGGAAAACUGAUUUGAUUAGGGAAUUGUCUCGUAAGAUCCGUACCGAUACAACGACAAUACUCCAGUACAACUUGUGUCUUAUAGUUCUAUAUUUUUUCUGCUUAACACAGCUUGACACGAAACGAUUUUCUUAUUGAUCUAUUAUCGCUACUGCUUAGUAUGUAAACGAAUGAUACGAAUGGGGAUCCCUAGCGAUCCCGCGGGAAAGUCAUACAUAAUUUAAUAUCGAGCUUGUGUAUUCGAGUCGUGAAACUUGUAAAUGCAUAUCCACGUAAGAUGUUUAAGGUCUUACACAUAUUUUACAAGUGUUUUCAUUCUUUUUUUUUAUAGGAAAGGCGCGAGUUUGUUUUGCUAGUUUCUCUUUUAGUUUUCUCUUUUCGUUUUUUUUUUUAGUAAUAAUAUAAUAUUUAUUUAUACUUUAGCUCGUUUUUGUUUAGUAUUUCCACGCUUAACUUCGUCGGGAUGGCCGUUUUUCCCGGUAGUGUAUUCUCCGCCGUCGAGGUGUAGCUCUCAGUUAUCGAAUCGGUGGUACAUCUACUAAUAGUGUAUACUACACGACAUCUCUCUCAAUGUCGAUAAAUGUUAAUAAGCGUAUGUGUCGCGCCUUCGCGAAGGUGAUGUAUUUUACGGUCGUCAUCGCUUGCAAGCUACAUUCACUGCGUCUCUUGGCGAGUUCAAAGGAAAAGAAAAAAAAGGAAACGUCCCCCUUCCCUGCCCCGCUCGAUUCCCGGGCGAACGUCCCGAGAUCCGAGUA